AACGUAUCUGUUAAUAUCGUCCAUCCCUAUUGGAAACCUGUGACAGUAAUGAGCAGGGCUACAGCUCAACCUGGAGCAUAUAAACAAACAACAACGCAAUGGGUUUUCCGCGCAUUCUCAGCAAGAAUAACAAGAUCUACACCAAACUGGGGGAGUUCUGUCUCUCUGGCGAUAGCUUCUGGAUAGUCUGCCACACAUGCCAGGAGGAACUACAGACACAGGAUCAGUUCUGGAAGCACAUACAGGAUGAACAUAAUUUUCUCCAUGGCGUUGCCAAGGAACACAGUCGAACAUCCAGCUACUGCUUGACGGAUGUGGAGGCGGCAGCAGCCACUUCUGGCGCGACGACGUCCCAGGGCGCAGGUAGUGUAACUUCAGUGACAGUUCCCUUGGCCCUCUACCACUGCUCUACCAAGUACUCAGAGGAUGACCAACGCGAAAUGGACAUUCACGAAGCCCAGCAACAGCAACACCAACAGCAACAGCAACACCAGCAGCAACAACAACUUCAACAACAGCAGCAGCGCGAUGUCGCUAAGGAGCUGGCCGAGUUGCAUGCGAAUGCUGUAGCGGUGGCUUCUGCUGCCGCUGCCGCUGCCAAUGAAAGCAGUACUCGGAGCAGCAGCGGCAUAGACAUUAAGAUUGAGCCUCCAUGCCUUACCCUGCCACCGGAGAUGCAAGCAGCAGCGGCCGCUUCCAAUGCCACCAUCUACCACUUGCCACAGCUGGGGCCAGCGGCGGUACCACCGCCCCCGCCUACGACGGGCUUCGUCAGCGCCAACGUUAGCACAUCUACUACAGUCAGCACCACCCCGCCAAAUGUGACUGGCAGUCAUUCGGUCAUGCAGCAGCAGGCGGGGGUACUGACGGGAAGUGGUCUCUCCACGCUCAGCAUGUCAGUGGGCCCCUCAACAGCUAUGGCAGCGGCGCUGCUUUCCACCCAAGAGCUGCCCAAGGACUCAAACAGUACCACGGCCAGCGCCGGGAGCGCUGUCUCCUCGGACGACGGGGAGCGUUGGUACAUCUGCGACUACGAGACGUGCGGCCUGAAGUUUAAGUACAAGUCGCGCAUGGAGCUGCACCGUGUAGUGCAUAGCAAAGAGCGGCGCUUCAAUUGCGAGCUAUGCAGUGCCUCCUUUAAGCAAUCAUGCAACUUGUCCACGCACCGAAAGAAAAAGCACGCGCUCCGGGGUAUCAAGAGCGAGAUCCUUCCGCAGCGGUUCUAGACGUCAUACAUGCUUUUCCACUCCAUAGGCUACCUCUCUCCCUGCACACACUUGUUUAAAGCCCUGCAAGUCCUUGCAGGAUCAAUCUGACUAGAUGCUAGUUUCUCCCUCCCCCUUAUUAGUCUAAGUUUGUAUGCUAAACUACACUUAAAAACCAUAAUAUAUAUACAUAUAUUUAAUUAAGGCUUAGGUCCCUGGUCACCGUUUAGCCAAUGUACAUGUAGUGUUAAUGUUCUGCGAGGUUAUGUUAACCCCCCGAUGAUUCGGCAGUGUGCAUUAGCGGUUAAUUACGAUCUAGAUACCUAGAUACUAUACAUACAUAUAUGCAGUCUUUUAUAUAGUGGCUAAGAUAUUGCAGUUACAGUUACAGGUUAGUAUCUAAGCCCCAAGUUACAAAUAGAUAAUGCCACAAAACAGCAAUUUCGUUUCGAGGCCGUUAGUCAGUUGUUUCAAGUGUUGCUGUGGCUAAUAUGACGUCAUAAUAGACGGAUACUCAGCAAAUGCGGUGUAUGUGCGUCCAGUCAACUAGUCAGCAAUAACAUAUAAGCGAAAUGCAAUACCAACGAAAUCAAAAGAAAAAAAUACAUAAAACACUUUCAAAUCUGUUUAAAA